AUGAUAAAUUCUCUAAGUGUAUCAAUACUCAAGUCGAUCACAGUCAGUCGGAGACUCAACCAAAUCGACGGGAUCCGAGCGAAAGGGAUCGGCGAUUACAUUUCCUUGCCGCAGCUUGUCGUCUGCGGGGCGCAAUCUGCAGGGAAGAGCUCAGUCUUGGAGGGCAUAACAGGGCUUCCUUUCCCUCGUCAGGAUGGGGUUUGCACCAAGUUCGCAACCGAGAUUAUCCUCCGUCAUACACAAAACGAAAUCUCCAUCACAGCGUCUAUCAUCCCUCACAACGGCCGACCUGCAGCGACCGCAGAUGAGCUUCGAAACUAUCGACGUCGGCUUAGCGGAUAUGAUGAGCUACCAGAGACCAUAAACGACGCAGCCUGCUGUAUGGGCAUUCGAGGAUUUGUCAGCAGCGGCGACAGCGCGCCCGCAUUCUCCGCCGAUGUCCUGCGGAUCGAAGUCGUCGGAGAUGUUGGUCUCCAUCUAACCGUUGUAGACCUUCCAGGGCUGGUAUCCGUGGAGAAUGAGGAGCACGAUGCGCAUGAUAUCAAGUUAGUUGAAGACCUCGUAGAUUCGUAUCUUCAGAGCUCACGGACGAUCAUCCUUGCCGUGGUACAGGCAACGAACGACAUCGCCACGCAACCGAUCAUCCAGCGCGCUCGCCACUUUGACAGAGCUGGCGAGAGAACCGUUGGCAUCAUCACCAAGCCUGAUCUCAUCAACAAGGGUACCGAAGGGCGCAUUGCACUGCUCACGAACAACCUUGAUUCAACAAGACUGAAACACGGAUUCUUUCUUCUCAAGAAUCCUUCACCACAGCAGCUGGAAGAAGGGAUCAGCCUAUCCGAGAGGAAAAGACAAGAGGCGGACUUCUUUCGAUCUCCGCCGUGGAGAGAGCACGGGAUCGACCUGUCGAGAGUCGGUGUGGAUAGGUUACAGCCUUUCCUCCAGGGCCUCCUGGGAGACCACAUCGAAAGAGAGCUCCCUAAGGUGUGCGCGGAGGUCCGCCUUCUCCUUGACAAAACCAAGGUCCAACUCCAAGAUCUUGGGCAGGAGAGAUCGACGGUCAGCGAACAGCGUUUUUUCCUAAGUAAGCUGAGUAUGGAUUUUGUUGGUCUCAUCCAAGCAGCGCUGGAUGGAACAUACCAACACAUAGCGUCCGAUUUCUUCGGAUAUGACCAGAACGGAAUUUCCCGCAAUCGGCUUCGCGGUCAGAUCCAUACACUCAACAGUCUAUUUGCGGAUUACAUGAGAGACAAGUCCCAGAAGCGAAAGAUGGAAAGAGUUCCCAUCGACGACCUUUUCGAGAGCUCUGCCGACUCUGAGGAGGAUAGGGAGAAGGAGGAUAAAUACGAUCAUAGCGGCGACGCCGACGAGCCAUUCUAUAUGAAUGAAGCCGAGUUUGACCGCUGGAUAAAGAAGAUCUAUAUGAAUACUCGGGGAUUGGAGUUACCAGGCAACUACAACAACGCAUUUCUUACGGAACUCUUCCAUGAGCAAUCCAGCCGGUGGCCGGCUAUAGCGAAGCGACACAUACAUCGCGUCCACGAGGAGACAUCCACAUUUGUUACUCGGGCGCUGGCACAUGUGGUCAUAGAAGAGCACAUCCGUCGGGAUAUACACAAGAUCCUCGACCGCUCCCUUCAAAGCAAUCUCGACACCGCGCUGGACGAGUUGCGAAAGCUCUGUGACGACGAGCGCGCUCAGCUAAUCACAUAUAACCACUAUUACACGGACAACAUCCAGAAAGCCCGUCACGAUAGAGCGAACACCGUCUUAGAGCAUGCCCUUCAAAGCCUCCUAGGCUCUUUGCAGAAUCAUGUUGUCGUGAAUAUGGAGCAACAAGCCUGUGAAGAAGCCAAGGCCGGACUAGCUGCUUAUUAUAAGGUUGAUAUGAAGACAUUUGUAGACAAUGUCUGCCGUCAGGUUGUGGAACGUCAUAUUGUACGCAACCUCUGCCACCUCUUCACGCCCACAGAUGUUCUAGCAUUCUCAGAUGAGGAGGUCGAACUCAUCGCUUCAGAGCCAAACAGUAGACAGGACAGGCGAAAAGAGUUGAAGAUCCUUGAAAAACAUUUAGAGGAAAGCUUCUUUGAACUCCGUAGUUAG